CAGUAGUGUCCGUUUAGUGCAGUGCUUCGAUUUUCAAUUCAUUUGUUUCGUUUUUUAUUUAUUCAUUAACUAAAAUUUUGUUAGACCAAUUUGAAUUCGUUUGGACUGAAAUAUUUAGAAUUUUAUUGAUUGAAUUUCCUCGUGAUUUUAUAUGGGAAUUAUUAUAGUCGUGAAAAAUGUAAUUCUAGACAAAUCUAUGUCGGAUAAAUAAAAGAAAAUUUCAUUUGAUCUGAAAUAAAUUGUAUGAAUAAUUGUAAUGCUUUAAUAUAGUAACAAUUUUAAAUAUUUAUAAAAAUAUUCAACCAAUAAAUUUCAAAUAAUUACAGUUUUGAAAUAUAUAAGAGUUAGAGGUUCGUACCUUGACAUUUUUGUAUCUUCGCUUUUCUUCACUAAAAGAAAAACGUGAAAAUGAAAAAUUGACUCUCGAGGGAAGUACAAAAUAUCUGUAAUGUUUGGAUGACAGAAUUCACGGUGCCUAUAGAAGUGUAGAGCGUUUACAAUGUCGAGGGUUUAUUUGGUAUUAUUGCUAUUGAUCUGGUCGUCGUCGGUGGACGCGACCGAGCAGAUAGAGGCGAGAUUUUCGAAAAAGCUCGGCCAGCCCGGCUACUAUUUGAUCACGACGAUACCCGAAGGCGCCACGAGAAUCAACGUCACCGAGUCUCUGGAUACGCAAAAUUUUUUGGCUAUCAGAAAACAAAAUGGAAAGUAUUUAUUCAACGGACCAGGCCAGGGAAUCAUGUCCUCGGGCGCUUUCCAUCACUUCAAUACGACGAUCGUUUACCUUCGUCGCGCGGCUUAUCGACCCGAAAGUUUUUACGCUUCGGGUCCGUUGAACGAGUCGCUGGACGUCAUGCUCUUGUACAACAAAGGUAUGCCGGAUGUUUUCUACCAGUACGAGUUACCGGUCACUUUUGACAUUCCGACUACUCGGUCUUAUCGCACCAAAGGAACGACCAAGUCGAUGACCCUACCGAGGCCGCGGACGACUCAAGCAGUGAGUACUUUUUUGGACAAUACGAUGCUUAGGGAUCAGACUCGAAGCUCCACUCGCGGCCCAUUCAGAAAAAAAAGAAGAUACGACUGGAAGAGCUUCGGGUACAGUGAAUGCAGCAAACCUUGCGGGGGUGGCGUUCGAAAGAAGGUAGUUAUUUGCGUGAGGCUAAGGUCGACUAGACACGUGGAGAACACCAGGUGCGAUCCCGCUAGGAAGCCCCUCGUCAAAAUACUCAAGUGCAACAGCCAUCCAUGCCGACCUCGCUGGGAACUCGGGCCGUGGAGCGAGUGCUCGGUGAGCUGCGGCAACGGCACCAGAAGCCGCCCGCCGAUCUGCCGACAAGUGAUAUCCGAUACGGUCAGCAUCACGGUCAACGACUCGCUCUGUCCGGCUUCGGCCAAGGCCGACCUCGUCGCGCCCACGGAGAUCUGCCUCAUGACCGAUUGCAGCAAGUACAGUACCACCACCAGUGCCAGCAUCAUCAGCGUCGUCGAGCCGUUGGUGCUGCAGUCGAGCAGCAAUAUCGUGACGACGAGGCGAUUCGUUUCGAAGACGACGAAGGCGGAGCUGUCCCGAUGGAAGGUCGGCGACUGGUCGCAGUGCUCCAAGAGCUGCGGCAGUGGGAGCGUGCGCACGAGGCCGGUGACGUGCAUCGCCACCAGCUCGUCGGGAGCUGGUGACUGCGACCCGGCCGAGAGACCAGCUUCCGAGGAGAAGUGUCUGGUUAAGGCAUGCGACAAGGAGACUCCGAACAGCAACGAAUUGCCCUCGGCUGGCGUUGCUGGUAGUGCAAGUAUUGCCAGUGGCUCUUGGCUUUACAGCGAUUGGCCGGAACAGUGCUCGGCCGAAUGCGGCACCGGAAUAGUGCAUCGCAGACUGUACUGCGAGUCCAGCUCGAAGGAGCUGUGCGACGAGAGCAAGAUGCCGGAGUUCAACAAGACCUGCUACGGUAGCAGCAGCCAGUGCGGCGGACAGUGGUUCGUCGGCCCCUGGACCAAGUGCUCCUCGAGCUGCGACACGGGGAUACAAACGAGGGACGUCGUCUGCGUCUCGAGAUCUUUGGGUAGAUCGAAGAUAUUCGAGAAUGAAAACUGCCCCCCGGAUUCGAAGCCGGACACGAUCCAGACCUGUCAGGGGCCGCCGUGCAACGCCACUUGGUUCAUGUCCGACUGGACUGAGUGUUCGCAGAGCUGCGGCGGAGGAGUUCAGAGGAGAGAAGUCAAGUGUAUCGUGCCGGACGGCACGCCGACGAACGAGACCCAGCAGCUCGAGUGCGACGCGAACAAUAGGCCGAUCGGCGAGAGAAGCUGCAACGCGAUAACUUGCAGCAACAAUCCUAUCGCUCCGAUUAACGAGACGAAAAAAAAUUCCACCGAUUCCGUCAACGAGAAGCAGCCCAUCGUCGCAGAGAAGGUGUGCCGCGACGUACUGCCGGACUGCGCCCAAAUCAUGCAGAUGAAGAGCACGGAGAAGCCCUGCAAGCAGUCGGCCUACCGCGUGGGAUGCUGCCUGACCUGUCGCCAGAAGCGGCUCAUGCAUCAAAUCAAAGUGGCGAAUCGCAAGAGCAACGGCUCUGCCAAAAACAGCCUGGAGUGAAUGGGGUGCGCAUCGUUCGGGACGAGCAACACCCCCUGUCGGAGCAAAUAUCUUACCGAUGAUACUGAUACAUAAGUUGUAUACGACUAAGUUUUUAUAAUUAUACACUUUCCUAUUUGUCAAGAUUUUUUAUAAAAUUUUUUUUUUUUUAAUAAAGUUAA